CCUCGACUGCCGCUUCUCCACAACCACCGUCUGCUCUUCCAGCUCCACGUACUUAGAGCAUCUCCAAGAGCUUUCCUAUAUUUGCUUUCCCAAAACCUAUUCAAGGAUUUCACUUCCUCUCCAAAAGAUUUCUCAGAUCUCAUUUCCUAUGUCUCAUCGAGAUUCCGAAAAGAGAAAUUAAGAGCCGAUUUGCCUCUCCCUCCCUGAUUUCCUUUCUCCGUCUCACCUCAGAUCGAUAUGGGGAAUCGUCAUCCUGGUGUUCAAUAUUGGAAUUCCGAACUCCAUUUGGGGGACGGCUAGGGACGGGGAAUAGGAUGAGAUAUCUGUUCGAGGGUCUUUUUUUUAAAAAUCCUCAAAUUUAACCGUAGUGAGUGGCGUUGAAGAUGCUCUUAUGGCAGCCGGCUCGCCAGUGUCACCCCCUACGCGCUACGCGGUCCAGACAAUGCUUCCCUCCAUCCUUUCAAAAUCAAGAAACGAGCCGUUACUAGCCCGAGAUCGCCGCCGUCUCUGUCGCCUCCUCUGCUCUUCCCUCCGCACAGCUACAGAUCUCCAACUCACCAACGCCGCCGCUGCAGCAUCAUCACCUCCAAGUUCCAACUCCCACAUCGCUUCUUCCCCUAAUUCCUACCACCACUACACCUCUGUUCUCCAAUCCUGCGUCGCAUCGCGUUCCCUUGGCACCGGCAGGCAGCUCCAUGGUAGGCUCCUCGUGUCGGGCCUCGGCCCUGACACUGUCUUGGCUACCAAGCUCGUUGAUCUGUAUGCUGCAUGCGGCCUUGUGGGGCACGCCCGCCGCCUGUUCGACGGAAUGCCAAAACGGAACGUGUUCCUGUGGAACGUGCUGAUCAGGGCCUACGCGCGGGAUGGGCCCCACGAGGUUGCGAUUCAGCUUUACCGGGGGAUGGUGGAUUAUGGUGUGGAGCCGGAUAACUUCACGUACCCGCUGGCGCUCAAGGCGUGCGCUGCCCUACUGGACUUGGAGACUGGGAGGGAGGUGCAUGAGCGCGUUUUGGGCACGCAUUGGGGUGAGGACAUGUUUGUGUGCGCCGGUCUUGUUGACAUGUAUGCCAAGUGCGGUUGUGUGGAUGAUGCUCGAGCGGUAUUUGAUAGGAUCAGGGUGAGAGAUUCUGUGGUGUGGAAUUCGAUGAUUGCUGCAUAUGGGCAGAAUGGGCGGCCCAUGGAGGCUCUUUCAUUGUGCCGAGACAUGGCUGCCAAUGGUGUGGGGCCGACAAUUGCUACUCUGGUAAGUACAAUUUCAGCAGCGGCUGAUGCGGCUGCUCUGCCUAGAGGGAGAGAGUUGCAUGGAUUUGGUUGGAGGAGGGGGUUUGAUAGGCAGGAUAAACUGAAAACUUCCCUUGUGGACAUGUAUGCCAAAAGCGGGUGGGUUCAGGUGGCUCGCGUUCUUUUUGAGCAACUCAUGAAGAGGGAGCUUGUUUCUUGGAAUGCCAUGAUAUGUGGAUACGGGAUGCAUGGUCAUUUUGAUGAAGCGCUCAAACUUUUUAACAAAAUGAGAGUUGAGGCCCAAGUGACUCCUGACAACAUCACUUUUGUUGGAGUUUUAUCUGCCUGCAACCAUGGAGGGAUGGUAAAAGAAGCAAAAGAAUUUUUUGGACUGAUGGUGGAUGUGUACUCCAUCAAGCCAACAGUGCAGCAUUUCACUUGCCUUGUAGAUGUUCUUGGCCACGCAGGUAGGUUUGAGGAGGCAUAUGAUCUCAUUAAGGGGAUGCCCAUGCAACCGGAUUCAGGGAUAUGGGGUGCGCUUCUCAAUGGUUGUAAGAUCCACAAAAAUGUUGAACUAGGUGAGCUAGCCCUGCAGAAGUUGAUUGAGCUUGAGCCUGAAGAUGCUGGUAAUUAUGUGCUUCUAUCAAAUAUAUAUGCUCAGUCUGGGAAAUGGGAAAAGGCUGCAAGGGUGAGGAAGCUAAUGACCAAUAGAGGCCUGAAAAAAAUAAUUGGUUGCAGUUGGAUUGAGUUGAAAGGGAAAACACACGGAUUUCUUGUUGGGGAUGCAUCUCAUCCUAGAUCAGCUGAAAUUUAUGAAGAGUUAGAGAGAUUGGAAGGUCUCAUGAGUGAUGCUGGAUAUAUGCCUGAUACCAUGCCAGUUUUCCAUGAUGUGGGAGAUGAUGAAAAGAGGAACAUGAUGAGGAGCCACAGUGAGAGACUGGCCAUUGCAUUUGGGCUCAUUAGUACACCUUCUGGGACAAAGCUUCUUGUGACUAAGAAUCUUAGAGUUUGCGAGGACUGCCAUGUUGUCAUCAAGCUGAUUUCACAAAUUGUGCAGCGCGAAAUCAUCAUAAGAGAUGUUAAUCGUUACCAUCACUUUGUAAAUGGUGAAUGCUCUUGCAAAGACUACUGGUAACUGCUAUUAUAUGACGUACGUGAACUACCAUUUUCAUUAGGAGCCACCCCUGCGGAUAGGCGGAGGGUUCAUUGCAAUGUUGUUCUAUGAGACAAGUUAGGCUGCUAACUAGGCCAGCAGCAAGUUGUAAAACACAAAGGUGGUGACUUUGAUAUGGUUGUAAAUGGUCAUCUAGUUCUCCAUUGGUCUCGUAACUUUAAUCCCUAUCAGGAGCAGGAGGUGUACACAAACUCAAGAUUGGCCUUUAUCGUUUCUACUUGGUUGCUUUCUAGAGCCACACUUAAGCAUGAUGUAAUGGGGAGAAGGUACAGUUGUAAUUUUCCAUGCUGACAAAAUUUAUUGCCAGAGCUGAGUUUUAUGCCC